AUGGAGCCUAGAAAACAAGUGGCCUCACCCUCCCCUGAAAAAGUCUCAUCUUCCACCAGCUACUUCCCUGCUCCACCUCAGACACUCCUCAUCAAGUACAGUCCAGCUUCUAGUCCUGAAGGCAGCUCCCCUCUCAUCAGUCGUGGUGAUCCAUUGCAGAUGUCAGUAGAUGCACAUCCAAAUCUGUGCAAUAGUCCUUCUUUUGGACUUAACACAUCAAAUGCAAGUCAGUUUGAGUUUGGAGGGCUUGGAAGUUUGGGUCUAUCUACUUUGGCUGCUCAUUCACAAGUCAACAAAUUUCAAGAGUGGUGGCAGCCUGUUGGCACAAAUACCAACCAAUCAGCAGCCUUUUUCCCCCCUUUUCUGUGUCUCCAUCCUGUAUUUUUAUCAACUUUCAAGAGCCUUUAUUCUGUUGGUGUACAGUCACAAACAGUUUGUGUAGGUGUGAAUGAUAGGGGAGUUUCUCCUCCUACUUUGAACUCAGCUGCGAACCACAGUUCAUUUCCAGCUGAAGAAAAGAAAGAAAAAACUAAACCCAAUUCAAGUCGGAGACAAAAGACCAUCCAUGAGUCAUUGCAAUCACACCAGAAGGCCAUCCCAAAAACAAAGAAAAGGUUAAAGCCCAUAAAAAGUUCAACUGAGAUUUCCAGCACGAGUGGCUGUUUGUCAGGGUCCUGGUCAGAAAGCUCCAGUGACGGUGAGGAAACCAGCAGCGAUCCUGACAGAGUGGAAGAUGACGGCAAUGAUCCAAACACCGUCUGCGCUGAUCCUAAAAACAAGAGUCCAGUUAAAAGAAAAGUCAGCCGACUGACACACGCCUCUCAGAGUAAAAGGAAGAGACCUCAUGCUGCUGAUGGAAAUAUGACUAAAGGGAGUCUUUGCGACAGUGUUCCUGUGACUUCCUCCUUUCUGCCUCAGCCCCUUUCCCAUCAGUCCACAGUACUGGGCCUCCAGAGAGCCCCUACUACACAGGAAGAAGACCAGCAGCACAUCAGCGUCAUACAACCUACAGGACUGUCUCAUAGGCAGGCUUGUCCUUCAUCUUAUAAAUCUUCACCUGAUCCCUAUUCAUCAAAAUACAUGCCCCAUCUAACUUCACCAAAGCAUCUCCCUUUUACGUCCUUGCCAAAUCGGAGUUCUUCCUAUUUGAAAUCUCUCGCUCUCUGUUCCCCCAAGAAGCCGUCCUCUCUGUGUUCACUACCUAACCAACCACCUCCUGGUUCAUUCCAACCUUUCUCCCACUCCUCUUCAACCUCACAUGUGCUGCCAGCCUCAAUGGAGUCCUCACAUGAACUCAAUCUGUCCACGCCUCCAAAGAAGUGCACACACCCUGUUAACAGCCUAAAGGAGAGUUGUGGGAACUUCCAACAUGAGCGUUUUUUACAGCCAAACAGCUUUGAACUGAAAAAGGAUUCUGUGAAACAGGCGUCUUCUGUACAACAAAAGAACCAAAGUGACACAAACCUGUUCCUGAACCUGAAUGGAGCGACCCACAGUGCGGUUCAAGAUGCACCUUUGGCUCUCGUCACUAAACGCAGCAGCCAGAGAAGCUCUCCCAACAGCAAGUCACUCUUUGAAUCUGCCAGAGCCUCCGACAUCAUGCCCAUCAACUUGAGCACAGGGACCAAGAAGACGUCAAACUGCUCUUCUUCCUCACUUAAAUGUUCUGCUUCAUCAGGAUUUGUUCCUGGAUCAGGGAAGGCCGCCAUGGUUCUGCAUGAAAGACGAGGCCUGACUAAACCCAACUUACACAGUGCGCAUGUAGACUCGACCAGAAAUGACGAGUCUGAAUUCUCCAGCAGCAAAGACUCAGACGAGUCUUUUGAGGACGAUGAAGAUGAAAGCGAGGAUGAAGAUUCUGACAGUAGCCUUUCAGAUUCAGAGAGUAAUGUUGAGAGUGACGGCUCUGAGGAUCACAUCAAGGAGCUCGUCGAAACAGAAGCAGCUAGUGAUGCAGACAAGCCUGUUCUGAAAUCACCUGAAGCAUCAGCGUCUACUUUUGACUGUUCCUCCUUGAACUGUUCUCCCAACUGCUCUCUGCUCAACCAGAAGAUUACUGAGCCUCUAGUUUUAUCAUGUAAAUGUUUGCUGAACCCAGUCAUCAACACGGACCCCCUGAACAAACGUGACAGCCCGUCCUCAUCUGUCACAUUUCAAACCACUCCAGUGAGAAGGAGGAAUAUUACAGAUGAGAGCGCUCUACAAAUUCCUCUUAAGUUUGGGUGGAGGAGAGAAACCUGGAUCAGGACUGUUGCAGGUCGUCUCCAGGGGAACGUGGCUUACUUUGCUCCAUGUGGGAGGAGGCUGUCUAAGUUUCCAGAUAUAAUGAAGUAUUUAAUCAGAAAUGGCAUAACUGAAAUUUCACGGGAAAACUUCAGCUUUAGCACAAAAAUUAAAGUGGGUAACUUCUACGAAGGCCAAGAAGGACCAGAGGGUUUACAGUGGUUCUUACUGGCCGAGGAUGAGAUCGCUUCCAGAAUUGUAGCCAUGGUUGGGAGGCGCAGUCAUGGCAAAAGGUCUGAGCUGCAGUCGAGCUCUAUAGUUCCUGGGGUCAGAUACCUUCAUCCUGUUGGUGAAAAUAACCUCCAAAACUUUAAUGAUGCAAAGCUAAUGAGAAAACUGAAGGCUCAAGGAAUAGCUCAACAGGCUGCUCAGAUAAAGUUACUGAGAAAGCUGGAGAAACAGGCCAUGGUGCAGGCAGCCAAGGAGGCAAAGAAGCAACAAGCUUUAAUGGCUGCAGAGGAGAGGCGGAAAAAAAGAGAGGAGAUAAAAAAAUUUAAGCAACAAGAGAAGAUCAAGCGCAUUCAGCACAUUCGUUUGGAGAAAGAACUCCGUGCACAGCAAGUUCUCGAGGAAAAGAAAAAGAAAAAAGAAGCAGCUGCCAAUGCAAAAUUAUUAGAAGCUGAGAAAAGAACCAAGGAGAAGGAAGUUCGUAGACUUCAUGCUGCCAUACUGAAACAGGAGUUGGAGAGACAUAGGCUUGAAAUGGAGAAGGAGCGGCGCAGGCAGCACAUGAUGCUCUUGAAAGCUGUAGAAGCUCAGAAGAAGGCAGAGGAGAAAGAGCGUCUAAAACAAGAAAAGAGGGAUAAGAUACGGGUAAACAAAGAAAAGAAACUGGCAUUUCGUCGAAUGGAACUGGAAAAGGCGAAGGAGCUAAGAAAGCCAAAGGAAGACAUGUGUUUAACAGAUCAUAAGCCCCUUCCAGAGCUGUCCUGUAUGCCUGGACUGAUCUUACCUAGAAAAACUAUUUCUGACUGCCUAAUGGUGCUGCAGUUCCUGCACAAUUUUGGAGAUGUCUUGAAACUGGGCUUAAACUCAGACAUGCUCACUGUCAGCAACCUCCAAGAGGGGUUGCUUAACAUCGGGGACAGUAUGCACAAUGUGCAGGACAUGUUGGUGAGCAUGCUGUCUGCAGCUGUGUGUGACCCUGGUGUACCUGCAGGACGCAAGUACAAAACUGUUUUUGGGGACCAUUUGUCUAAUGUGAAGAUCAACCGGGACAAUGUGUCUGAAGUUCUGCAGAUGUACAUGGAGAGCCACCCUGAGGAGACACAGCUGGCUUCUCUGGCUAUUAGUCUAAAAACAAAAGCUUUUCAGGCUCAUAGUCCGUCACAGAAGGCUGCUGUGCUGGCAUUCUUGGCAAACGAGCUCUGCUGCAGUAAAGCGGUGAUCAGUGAGAUUGACAAAAAAAUCGAUCACAUGACCAGCCUGAGAAAGGAUAAAUGGUUUAUUGAUGGAAAGUUGCGCAAACUAAGAAGUAUCCAUGCCAGAACUGUGGGAAAAAAAGACAACGGUGUGGGCAGCGAGAACAACUAUAACUUCAAAUGCUCCUCCUUCAAAAUUAAAUGCAACAGGAAAGAACGAGAUAGUGAGGAAGAAGAGGAGUACGAGAAUGACAGUGAAGAUCAAGGGCAUGGCAAUGACUUUGAUGAUGAGGAGGAAGAACCAGGGAGAAAUAAAAGGAGAAAUACAGAGUUUUGUGAAGAGGAUGGUGUGCACUCAAACAGCAUGGAAGAACUGGAGAAGCAGAUCGAGGACAUGUGCAAGCUUCGUAGUCAAAUCAGACAGGAACUGUUUGACUCGUCUCACUCACUGCGCUCCACAAUUAUUGGAGAGGACCGAUACAAGAGGCGAUACUGGGUCCUUCCACACUGUGGUGGCAUCUUUGUUGAAGGCUGUGAAGAGGAAGAAAAGGAGGAGAUACCGCAGGGAAUCAAAGUUCAAAAGGAGCAGCAGGAAGAAGAGAGGAAGCCGGAGGUGUUCCUUCCAGUACAGAACUCAAACUGUGAUAACAUCAUGCCACGGUGCCCACAAAACAACAACAGUCUCUACCCUCAAAGCCUUGGUGAAUUACCUGCAGUAGACAAAAUGGUUCAGGGUUUGGACUUAAAUGUUCAGAACAUUCCUUCUACAAACUCGAAGUCUUAUCCCUCUCAUCCUACCACACAAACUGAUAUGUUUAAACCACCUGAGCUCAAACAAUGUAUCGGGGCCUACAGCCCUCAGUCUGUUCUUUAUUGUAACGGACUGUCCAAAAUAUUGGCUGAAAAGCACGGCGUGUGGUUUAGCCUCCUGCCCCGCUCUCCUUGUGACGGAUCCUCUGUGACCUUAAGCUCCAGUUCUCCAGCUUCCCAGUCAUGUUCCAACCCUUUCUGGAUAAAACCCUGCUCGUUUACCUUCCCUAAACCACCAGCAUCAGCAAACCACAGCACCACAGCUGGUAUCAACAGUCAACAAGUGCCUGAUCAUCAUCAAGUAAAGUCUGGCGUUCAUCAGAGCCGACAAACCUUGUUCAGCUCAGCAACAAGUUCCACCUCGCCCAUCUCUGACACCUCUCUGCCCCCGUUGCUGGAUCUGUCCUCACAGCAAGCAGAGGCUAAUGGGAACAGAGACCUCUGUCUGGCACAGAACGGCUCUAUCAACAAGAGUGAGACCACAGACCUGCUAAAGGAGGACAAGCCCCUUUGUGCCUCAUUCCCUGAUGUGGAGUUGGCCACAGUGCAGGACUACCCUCAGCCUAUUCCUAAAGAGAUGCUGCAUGGCUGGUGGAGAGUGUCAGACAUGGAGAACCUGCAGAGUCUGCUCAAGAACCUUCACUGUCGGGGCAUCAGAGAGAGGGUUCUGCAGAAACAGAUCCAAAAACACUUAGAACACAUAAGCCAGCUCUUUGCCAAAAGCAAAAAUGAGCUCGACAUGACAGAACCAGAAAUGUGUGAGUUAAGGAAAAAGAGAGUGGAGAGCUGGUGUGUUGAAGAACAGGCUAUGGAGGUGGACGUUCAUCUGCUGCGACACGUAGAAGCUCUGGAGAAGAAGGUCGUCUCUGCCAACCUGCAGGUCAAGGGUUGGAUGCCUCGAGAGCCCCAGUCCGACAGUCAUCAUCUAGUUUAUUAUGAGCACAAACCUUCUGCUUCUACAGCUUUUCAAAAUAAGGGUCCAAGAGAAACCAGCCAGAAGGAGCCUUCUGUCUGUUUAACACGGCGCGCCAACAAUCCUCUUGAUAUAGCUGUCACCAGGUUCGCAGAGCUGGAGAGAAACAUUGAGCGAAGCUGUAAGCAGGUGGUGGUUCCUGGGAUCAAACUGCUGCGUAAAACCCUGGGUCAGGUCUGCAGCUCGGCUCAGCUGUGGCUCUGCAUCCAGCAACUGCAGAAAACCAUCACUUGGAAACAGACCAUUAUGAAAGAGCACUGCCAGCUCUGUCAGAAAGGAGAUAAUGAGGAACUGCUUUUACUUUGUAAUGGCUGUGACAAAGGCUGCCACACUUACUGCCACAACCCCAAGAUCACCACAGUACCUGAAGGAGACUGGUUUUGCUCAUUUUGUGUAGCAAAGGAAAAUGGUCAGUUGCCUCACAGCAGGAAGCAACAAAGCAGAACAGCUGGGGGAGGGAAGAGAUGUAGGGAGGAAAAUCGAAACUGUAAGCCAUCUGUGGCAGGAGAGUACAUCAGUGAGGAGGUUGCCAGCAGCAACGAUGUGCCAAAAAGAGGUACCAGAGAGUUCAAAAAGAGGCGAGGAGAUGGCUCAGAUGCUAAGUGUGACAGUUCUGUCUCGUGCGCUAAAAGAGCCAAAACAUCCAAGGACAGCUGCGGUGAGCUGGCGCUAUGCCGACUGCUGCUGGCUGAGCUGGAGGCCCAUCAAGACGCGUGGCCCUUUCUCACACCGGUCGACCACAAAGCUGUUCCUGGAUAUAAAAAAAUCAUCAAGAAGCCAAUGGACUUCUCCACCAUCAAGAAAAAGCUCUUGAACAACCUGUACUUGAAUCUGGGGGGCUUCAUCGCUGAUGUGAACCUGGUUUUUGAUAACUGUGUAAAAUUUAAUGAGGACAACUCUGAAAUUGGGCGAGCCGGCCACAGAAUGAGGACGUUUUUUGACAAACGACGGACUGAUCUGCAGUGAAAAUGUCCUUAUUCAACUCUUUCUGUAAAUUUGAAGGAUGUGUUUUCACUUUUGACUCAAACAAUUAACUAAUAAUAAAACUGACGU